UCCGGAGCCGCCUCUAUAUACAGUAAGUUCAGAGCUGUGUGUGAGCGGGACCGAGGAGGACGCGGCUCCGGGGGGGUGAGCGGGGGAGACUAUACCGACCCCAGUAUCUACUGUUAGCGGCCUCGGCUACGAGCUGGCCCCGCCGGUGCUCCUUCAGCGGCCGCCGCUCCCCUCCUUUCCCCGGGAGGGAGGCUGAAGUGAGAGCGGGACCAUGUUGCGCCUUGUUUCGCUGAAGUUCGGCCGCCUGUACCGCUACGUGAAGCUGCUGUUCGCGGCCAGCCUGCUGGUGGUCAUGCUGCUCAACACACACUCCCUGCUCGCCUCCUUCCAGCGCAACGAGCUGACCGAGCGCCGGUUCCUGAGCCUGAACAAGUGCCCGGCGUGCUUCGGGACCAGCUGGUGCCGCAAGUUCAUGAACGGGCAGCUGAGCUUCGAGGGCUGGGGCCGCCUGCGACUCCUCGACUUCUUCAACGUCAAGAACGUGCACUUCGCGCAGUACGGGGAGCCCCGGGAGGGCAGCCGCCGCGUCGUGCUCAAGCGCCUGGGCUCCAACCAAGAGCUGCAAGAGCUGGACCAGCGGAUCUGCAAGAGGGCGACCGGCCGGCCCCGCUGCGACCUGCUCCAGGCCAUGUACAAGACCGACUUCGCCCGCCUCAACGGGGACGUGCGGCUGCUCACCCCGGACGUGGUGGAGGGCUGGUCCGACCUGGUGCACUGCCCCUCGCAGCGGCUACUGGACAGGGUGGUCCGCCGCUAUGCCGAGACCAAGGACUCCGGGAGCUUCCUGCUCAAGAACCUCAAGGACACCGAGCGCAUGCAGCUGCUGCUCACCCUGGCCUUCAACCCCGAGCCGCUGGUGCUGCAGAGUUUCCCAUCAGAUGAAGGCUGGCCUUUUGCUAAAUACCUGGGAGCGUGCGGCAGAAUGGUUGCUGUGAAUUACGUAGGAGAAGAGCUCUGGAGUUUCUUUAAUGCUCCGUGGGAAAAGAGAGUGGACCUUGCAUGGCAGUUAAUGGAGAUUGCUGAACAGCUCACAAACAAUGACUUUGACUUUGCACUUUACCUCUUAGAUGUCAGCUUCGACAACUUUGCUGUUGGACCUCGAGAUGGGAAAGUAAUCAUUGUUGAUGCAGAGAAUGUCCUAGUAGCCGAUAAAAAGUUAAUUAAGCAAAAUAAACCUGAAAACUGGGACGUGUGGUAUGAAAGCAAGUUUGAUGACUGUGACAAAGAAGCAUGCCUUUCUUUCUCAAAAGAAACUCUUUGCUCUCGCACUACUGUGGACCAUAACUAUUAUGCCAUUUGCCAGAACCUGCUAUCUAGACAUGCCAUGUGGCGUGGAACUUCUGGUGGCCUUCUUCACGACCCUCCAGCAGAAGUUGCCAAAGAUGGCCACCUUGGGACACUGUUGGACGAAUGUGCGAACCCAAAGAAAAGAUAUGGCAGAUUUAAAGCUGCCAAGGAAUUAAGAGAAUACCUUGCACAACUAAGUAAUAAUGUGAGGUAGCCCAUACUGUGUUUGGAUUAUUUUUUUUCCCUCUUUAAUCAAUGGAAGGUUUAAUUAGUUAGAGCACGUACAGGUUUCAAUUACGAUUGUAUAUUCAGACGACCUAACUUCUAAAUAGAGGAGCUACAUGUGCCAAGGGGUUGACCUGAGGUGGCACAGUGUGGUAUACAAUCCCUUACUAUCAUCCCAGUACAUGUUCUCAUCUAAUUAAAACUUCUGGAAUUAUUGAUUUCUCUCUGGUUACCUGAGAGAAAGAUCACGUGCCGAUCUCCAGGUCCCUGGGGAUAAUAGACUUUGGUAGCUUAAUUGAUUAUUCAUGUGUCAAAAAGUAGUUGACAUGACAUAUUACAUUGGUAUCACAAUUUUUGUGAAGCUGAUGCCUUUACUUGGAAAGUUCAAGUUAAGACCGCUGGCCUGUUUUAAAGGCUUAUUUUCAUAUUUUUAUGUGGAGAAUUCCAUUUUCUGGCUCUUGAGUUCUAUUUGGGAUCUUAUCUAUGUUGCGUCCUGUUUCCAGUUGAAAGCAUUCAUGGAAAGAUUACUGUAUUUUUUUUUUUUAUUUAAAGGGCAGGACUCCCAUAUUUUCUGUCUUUUUUUUUUAUUUUUAUUAAUAAUAAUUUUGUAAUGGCUUUGAUUUAUGCUGUAAAUGUUAUCCUGUUCUACAUUAAAAUUUAGUCAUUAUUGGGUAUCUCUUAAAAUGUUUGACCUCUUCCCUCCUUUUCAAAUUUUACUUACUACUUUAAUAUAGGGUACGCUGCUGUCGCUGCUUACAGUUGUCAUAAAAGAAAUGAUACAAGACAGGCAAAAUGUGUGC